UGAAUCAGGGGAUAGGAAUUUGCAUCUGAUCAGUUUUGUCAACCAAUGAUUUGUCAACUGGCCAGUAAGCACGCCUUAGAUCAAACUAGGAUACAAUGUUCGUUCCAUGUCAGACCAGACAUUAAACCCGGAUUAGGUAUUCCGGAUGAAAUAAAAGUAACAUUAAUGAAUUAAUUAUUAUUAAUAAUAAUAAUACACAUUAUAACAAUAUAAUGAUAAUAAAAAAUCAAACUUUUUUUUUUUAUUUCUAUGGAAGGUAGGGAUGUCCCUACACGUUCCCAAGAGUUUACGAAAACAAAACGGAAGCUGAUUGUAGGAGCUGAGUGAGCCUCACUGGGAGUCUGAACAAGUCCACUUCCCACCAUUAGACAGACGAGUGCAGAGUGGAGACAUAUGGAACUGGACAGAUAAAGCACGGACCAGGCUACAACUUCAAAGGGAUACACUGAAUAAUCCCUUUUAAAAGAUUGCAACGAUUUUACAAGUGCAAAAGUACUUUGAGAACGUAACAGAACUUCAAUGAAGCUCAGAACUGCUUUCCAACAAGACUAGUUCUGGUGCAGCUUUGCAGAAAAAGCCAUUCUGAGGAUUGUAUUCCUGGGAGGGCAUUGCACAGGGAGAUUGUGCCACUGUAUCCCCAUCCUGUGAUUCUGCUUUUGUAGCCAACACUCGCGUGAAGAAACGGAACCACACGUGAGGAUGAAACUUCAAGCAGUCAUGGAGAAUCUGCAGAGGCAGCAGAGAGCCAAACUCCAACUGCAACUCGAGCAACAGCAGCAGCUAGCCAGCCAAUCACAGGCACAGCUGUCCUCGUCUGCCAAUCCCGGCACGGGGAGAGAGGAGCCUGCAAGGGGCAGACCUGGUGGGAGCCCCGCCCCUGAGGAGGGCUCAGGAGAGCAGUCUCACACCCAGAUGGCAGCUUUGGCAGCCAUGCGGGCGGCAGCAGCAGGGCUACAGAGACCCCCUGACAGCCCCCUGAUGGAGGACAGCAGCGAGGAUGAGGAGGAGGGAGGGGAUGAGCAGUACAAAGAUAUGAUGGGCUCGGAGGAAGAAGAGCACAUAAAGAAGAAGUGGGAUGAGGAAGACUUUGAAGAGGAGAUGGAAGAAGACUAUGAUGAUGAGCUUGGGGAGGAAGGGGUGGGGGUCGUGGGAGGGGCCUCUAUACCAGGAAAGGAGGCCCCACUGCACCGCCAGCUCCACAGUCACCCCCAGCUGCUGAAGGCAAAGGGGGCUGGGGGGCAGGAGCUCCGAAUUCAGAGUUUACCCUCCCAGGGGUCCCUGAGUCAGACGCCAGGGCAGGACCAUGGGGACUGGACCUACGAAGAGCAGUUCAAACAGUUAUAUGAACUGGAUGGGGACCCAAAGAGGAAGGAGUUCCUGGAUGAUUUGUUUAGUUUCAUGCAAAAGAGAGGGACGCCUGUGAAUCGCAUCCCCAUCAUGGCCAAGCAAGUCCUGGAUCUCUACAUGCUGUACAUGCUGGUGACAGAGAAGGGGGGACUAGUGGAGGUGAUCAAUAAGAAGCUAUGGAGAGAGAUCACCAAAGGACUCAACCUGCCUACCUCAAUAACCAGUGCAGCCUUCACCCUCCGUACACAGUACAUGAAGUAUCUGUACCCUUACGAGUGUGAAAAGAGGUCACUGAGUAACCCCAAUGAGCUCCAGGCAGCGAUCGACAGCAACCGCAGGGAGGGGCGGCGCCAGGGCUUCGGGGGCACGCUCUUCACCUACUCCCCCAACGGGACCCCCACCAUGCUCUCCUCUCCCAAGCUACCCCUGCCCAGCCUGAGCAGAGCCACCAACGGGAAGCCCCCCGCCCCCACCCAGAAGAUAAAGAAAGAGGAGGAGGGGGGUGGCUCCGUGGCGGGGCCUGGCCGGCUGGCAGGACACUCCAUGGCGGUGCAGGCAGCAGCAGCAGCAGCCCAGGCGGCCAUGUCAGCCCAGGUGGCUGCGCUGGAGCAGCUGAGAGACCAGGUGGAGAUCGGGGAGCCCCCAGAGAAGAAGAUGGCCCUGAUGGCAGACGAGCAGCAGAGACUGAUGCAGAGAGCUCUUCAGCAGAACCUGCUCGCCAUGACAACCGCACACGUGCCAAUGAACAUCCGCAUCAACAACCAAGAGAGCAGGCGGGACUCUGCACUGAACCUCACUACAAACGGUACAAACAGUAUUCGCAUGUCAGUGGAGCUCAACGGGGUUGUCUACACAGGUGUUCUUUUCGCACAAGCAGCUGCCUCUUCCUCCUCUGUAUCAAGCCACAGCACAGGGAUUGCUGGCCUGCCUGUGUCCCACACACCUACCUCCUCCAGCAAUCCAUCACCUUAGCAACGGCCAAAUCACACCACAGCUAGCGCCAAACUAUCUCCAAUAAGAAGUGCACGAUCUCAGGUUAACAAAUCCAACCCGAGGGUUUUUGUUUUGUUUUUUUAAGCAGGUAGACAUCAACAGCCAAGUAGAUGAAAGCCAGAGCCAGUAUAUUAAUAAUAUAUGCAAAAACUUGUGAAUAAUUUAUUUUCUCUCAUCCUGUACAGAUUUUAUUGAGAACAAAAAAAAAAAAAAAAAAAAAAGGAAAAAUGCACUGUUUUAGUUUCCACGUUGAAUUUCAUCUACUGACUGGUUUGGGUUUGAAGUAUGAUUUUUUAUUUUCCCUGUUUUCAAAAAGGCUGGAGGUAUUUUUCAAUCUUUUAUUAACUACACUUGGCAAAAGUAUAUAUAAGGUUUUAAAGUAAAUGUAAAUAUCUUCUAUUUUAUUCUAGUACAUAAAAAUGAGCUUUAAAGUUAUAUAUUUGUUCAGGGCAUAGCAAAACACCUCACAAUUUAGGUUUUCGAUAUGGUUUUUGUGAUGAAGAUAGCUGAGCAAAAGGGUCUGUGAGAUAUCUUUCAUCGCUUUCUUAACAGUAAGACACUUUGCUAAGUGUUCUGUGUUAAUAAUUUAAGCUGGUCAAAGUACUGCCAGUAAGACACAAGGAGGCGCUGUGCACCCCUACUGUUCUGGAAAAACCCAAGCAGGAGACUAGAUUCUGUUCUCAAUGAAGUGGAGACAGACUCAGGACAGAGGGUGGGAGACACGUCUUCACGCUGAGGUAUGGGAUGGGUAACCAAGCCACGCUGUUGAUGCUGGAUUGUUGGGAUCCGGUGCAAUCUCCCGUUACUUUUGCCUGGGUUUUCAGAGAUCAGGUCUCAAAGUUGAUAUUAACCAGCCCCUGCCCUGGGUAUCAGGCAACUCAUAGUACACUAGCUAACAGAUGUAUACAGAGUUUUUGAGUCAUCUGUGUUAACAGUUUUUAAACUACAAAUCCAAUGACAUCGUUUUACUCUGUGUAUUCCAACAUGUUCUAAAUGUACACAGGGCCCCUCACUUUAUCAGGAGCGUGCUCCUACAGUGCAGUCCAGUUUGGCCGAAUGCAACGUACAGCAGCUUGAACCCAUGAUGCGGUCCAAGUUAAUAUCGGAGGGGUUUUGUAAGGUGUAUGAUGGCUGGGACCCAAUGUGUCUUGUGACCUCCAAGUAAAUGGUUUGAUUGCACAUAUUGAGGGGUGUCCAGGGCCUAUAACUGGAAGGUGCAUUACCUGCAUUUUUCUUCCACCUUAUCAGUGAAAUGUCUUUUUGUAUGCAGCAUGUCAAUCUGAAUCUUCCCAUAUCAUAUUUAUUUCAAUAAGGUGGGUUCUUUUCUAAACCCACGCCUGUAGAGGGCUUGUUUGUCUCUAGUCUCUCUCCUCGCCACGGUGGCUAGGGAAACGAGUGUUAGUCUGGUGCUUGGUUUGAAACUCUUCAGGAAGUAAUAAUUAUUCUCAGGGAGCUGUUGCUAGUCAGGAUUCACUGAAUUGAAGAAACCGGAAACGUGGUUUUAUUUUUAUUAUUAUUUUUUUAAAUCCUAGUUUCUAAGUACACACACAAAGCUAGACUGAAAACCAACUCUCGUACCAUUGUCAAGCAUACUGGAUUUUUGCCUAGUUUUGUCACAGCAACUAAAUAUAGUUUUGUUGUCAACAAUCACUUCACUAGAUCUUAACAGUAAAGGGAUUAGUUAACUGCUCUUAAACCAACAUAUUAAAUUCAGUUAAAGUAAAUUGCUUGCAUUUUCAACAGCGGCAGAAGUUUUGCAUUAAGAGACUAAUAAACCUUCAGUAUAUGAAUUAUAUGUUAGGUUUACAGCUUUGGAUCUGUUGCUAUUGCGCUCGAGAUGACGAACAUACUCGCAGGGUCAGAAAGACCAGGAUCUUUAGAAACCUUUCAGGAUAAAGGGUCACAACCUUUGACCUAUCAUCACCCAUUGACUUAUUGAAGACAAUCAUUGAUUUAUUUAUUUUUUUUCACCAGCUUGCUUGUUGUCCCUGGUAAUAAUGAUAAAUUCAAUAAAUGGUACAGAGCUGAUAAGUCCUAGAUUUUGGUUGAGAUGCUAUCGGAGGUAGAGGAAUGGAGCAUUGAUCGUUUCUCUCAAUAAUGUUGAUUCAGUUGACUUCUUGACCCCCAGCCCUUGUGGGAUUUGGGUGUCUUUCCAAUUGGGUGUUGAGUUAAAGUGGCCUCCUGUAUGGGAGAGAGCAGACACUUGGCUUAAUGCUGAAUAUCGAGUCCAGUUACAGAGAAUCCACUUUCUUCAAUGAGAUACAAUUGCAAUUUUAAUCUCAGGGACAGCUUGUAUUUGUACAGUUUUGUAGCAGCAUAGGACGGUUCGACCCUCAAUAGGUUUUGAUUCACAUGGAUACCCAGGUGGGGUUUAGUCUUCAGAACAAACUGAUCCUGCAAUAUCUUGAACACAAUCUGGACUGCUUUGAAUGUACUUUGAACAAGACUGGCUUGAAUAAUCAAUGAGAUUUAGUGUCUCAUAGGUCCCAAAUUUGAUCAACAGUGGGGGGGGGGGGGAGGGUUCAGGGUAUCCUCUUUCCUCUAAAUAUUUUGGACAAUUAUUAAUCUGACCUAAAUUAAUAAUUAAUUACAUUUCAAAUCAAUAAAAGAAAAAGAAAGCAACAACACUUAUUUUAUUUUAAUAUGAUUAGAAUAUACAGUUAUGAAUUAUGAACCCACCAGUGAAUGGGGGUGCACAUACAAUCAUAUGUUGAUAAUUGCAGACUUUUCUACACCAUGCAAACAGUGAUCUUACAUAGGUUUUUUUUUGCGGUUGUACACUGACUGUCACCAGGGUGUAAUUUGUCAAAGCGCUUUGAAUUUAGCUUGAAAUGUUUGAGAGGCUAAAGACCUGUACCUGGCCUGGGAACUCCCUGGAAUGCCAAAUUUAAAGCAUACCCCCCUCCCCGAUUGCAUACCCCUAACAAUAAUAUCAGCUUCCCAUAAGAACCUCAUACCCCCCUCCCCGAUUGCAUACCCCUAACAAUAAUAUCAGCUUCCCAUAAGAACCUCAUACCCCCCUCCCUGAUUGCAUACCCCUAACAAUAAUAUCAGCUUCCCAUAAGAACCUCAGUGUGUUGCUGCCUUUUGAAACCAUUCCUGCUCUUUCUGAACUUGCCCCAUUUGGUGACUCAAAAGUUGACAAUCAUUAAGCAGACACUAUUUGACAGGGGUGAGCAUUCGGAUUAGAUGCAAAAUACUGCCAGGAGACGCUAUUCGGCAGGGCACAGUGCACCUGGUUAACUGUAGGGUUCCAGUAUGGGUCGGCUUGUCUCUUGUGUGUCAAGAUUUUACAGUUGUAUUUCUGCACUGGAAGACCUUUUUAUAUUUUCUGUACAUUCUACUUGAACCAGCAGGUCUGAUUAACUCGGGCUGUCAAGUCCAUCUGGAUCUGUCCAGUCAAACACGUAUAGGCAGCUUGAACGCUAGCAAUAGAAAACACAUUUCACCUUUAAAAGCCUCGACCUGGUCCGUUCGGACAGUUAUUACUGACCCAGCCUGUCAGAUUUGAAAUGGAGAAAAAUUUCAAACAGGUUAAACGUUAUCUAGCUGCUAAUGUGAACUGAGACGGCUCUGCUCGACAAUGGUUUUGAAAUGUUUCCAGAUGUUUUCUGUCGUUUCCCGGGCUUGUUUCCACAACUUUAGAUGAAUACGGAAUGGCGUGCAAUUUGGAGUAUCUAGCUGCUGAAAAUAAGAGCAAAAAAUAGAACGAAGAAAUCCAGAAAAGACUAAAAGCUGGCACCUAAAUAUUAGGAGCUGCUAGACCUCCUGGACUCGUGUAAGCAUCGUUUAAUCAGCAGUAAACCCCAACGCUUUCAAAUCACACUGACCUUUAUUAUGAGGAGUUCACUUUGCUGUUAACUACUGAAACCAAAGAAACCGGGUGUUACCAUGGUUACCAAUGUUAGUUUAGGAACCCUAAACCAGGCCUUAAAGUCUAACCCCAUCCUCCCGCCUCCCUAUAUCUACACUAUGUGUGAUCUGAUGUGUGUGUUUAUUGACUUGUCCUUCAUUUCCCACCUCCUGUCUGUAUUAUUAUUAUUAUUAUUAUUAUUAUUAUUAUUGAAUGAAUAUUCUUAUUAGAUUUCUUCUGCUGUUUAUUAAGUUUGUCUGCAGAUUAAUACAAAGACAUCUGGUUUCCUCGACCAUGAUUAGCACUCAUCUGGGACUACCUUAUCUAAGGUAACACAAGGCAGUACAAGACUCAGUAGAUCAUAUUAGCGGAGAUUCACGUUGUAUUCUUGUAGUCUUGGUAGCUGUGCUGUCCUCUGAGACACUUGCUCUGCUCGGACCAGCGGAGUCCGGCACUACUUGUUUAGACAGCAGGCUUGUUUAGUUUUUCCCUUUUCUUAUUUCUAGAUAGUGUCUUGUUUUUCGUAGCCCCUGUAACCCGUUUUGCCCACUCUUGUACUGUGAAUAGUGCUAAAUACCUGCACAUCCUGUUCUGUAAUGAGCGUCUAAAGCAAAGGAAAGCUGCAAAAAAAAAAUCCUUUCUCCUUUCUCUCAAACAAUUCAGGGAGUGAGUUUAGAAAUUGAAUUUACAAAAAAAGUGGCGUACCUGUUUGUGUAGCGCUGUCAUGCAGAUUGGAUUGCAGACUGCAGAUGGAACCAGCAGUAGGUAAGGUAUUGGAACAAGACGGGUUUGAGUUUUAAUAGCGCUAUGAAAGUAGACCUUCGAGAGAUGGGAGACAAAACCUAGAGAUAUGAUAUCGGGUAGCUCACUGUGAUGCUAGCUUAUUAUCAAACACCAGAGGUGUUCAGCUGUACACAGUCCAGUCUCCUCAAGGGCUCACGGAAGCCAGGGUUCAAAGGAUCUACCUUGAAUACACUACAGAGCUCCAGAGACGGGGCUCCCUACCUCAGCCUUUCAGCCAACAAGAGUCCUGCGGAUGAGCUAAAGAAUUUGAAGGACUCCCUAGGAAUUAUACAUUACAUAUCACAAACACUUAUUACCUGUCCUGUAGGAAGGGAAGAUGAAGGACAUUAUAAAAGGAAUGGGAAAGAAAAAGGACUCUGGACCCUAACUGCCAGUGAAGGCUGUGUGGUGUGUGCUUGUCUUCUCAGCGUAGUUUGCUCAGGCCUUAGAGGGGAGGUUGUUUUAAAGAAAAUUCAGAACAGAGUUCAAACUCAUCUUUUUAAAAACAAAAUGAUUGAUAAAAAAUCUUUUUUUUUGGUGCAAAAUGAUUAAGUUGUCAGGCACAUUUUCAAGUACAAUGCUUCUUAAUAUAUAUUCGGUAUGUAAAUAUUAUAUAUUUUAAUGCUGUUGACAUUUUGCAGUGUAUUGCCUAUCUUAAAGCCAAAGAUAGUACAGCAGUACUAAUAAGAAUACUAGCAAUCCAAAAUAACACUUUUAUAUACUAAACUACUGCUCAAGGGUUCUGUUAUCUUCAGAGGAGAUGCAAAUAAUAGUAAAUAAUUACUGAUCAAACCAAAUGUGUCUACCUCCCUACCCUGCUGUAGAAUUCACAAUGCCUGAUUCAUACUGAACUAAGCACUAGGCGUGUCCUUCCAGAAUAUAUAUGUCAAAUAUAUAGCAUGUGGGACAGGGUGCUGUACGCUUCAAGCUGAUAUCCACUCCAUGGGGCCUGAAUGGGGAAAAGAUAGCUUGUAACUUGGCCUUCAACAUUAGGCCUGUGUUUCUGACCCCAUGUAUUUCUUUGAGGAAGAUUUGUGAACUAUAUCGAGGUAUGUGGAGACAGGCUGUUCGAACAAAAUAAUAUCACAGAUAACAGUUCGCCGACAAUCUACAGGUCCUUUUUGGCUUUAUUAAAUUAACCAAAAACAUGUCUGAGACAGCCUGUUAAGCUGAUCAGUACAGGAACUGAAGAAAUAAAAAGGGGACAGGCAAUUGCGGGGUGGGUGGGCAAAGGGAUGCCAUGCCUUAUGCAGUGACAAUUCAUGCUUAAAUCUCCCUUAAUAAAUUGAAGGGGAGGGAGGGGGGGUAUUAGAUUUUCUCUCGUUUUUGGGUGUAGAGUUUUAUAGUAGGUUUGUAUUUUGUUCAGGUCAUUUUUUUCCUUCAAAUAUUCUGUAUUAACUGGGUAAAAAGCUAUUAAUAAAUGUGUUUUGUUGUUGUUUUUUUUUAAGCUGGGGCACAAAACUAAUUAUUUCAUUUUUAUCUGACAUUGAAACAUCUAAUAUAUAUAUAUAUAUAUAUAUAUAUAUGUAAUGCAAUUUGAAAUGUGCAUUUUUUUCUGCUCAGGAAUAGCUUACACUUCUACCUCCUGUAUUUCUCUGUUCAGCCCUUGGCUUCUGUAAUGACGUGUGUGUUUUUAACAGUUUUAUAAGCAUUCAGGAAUUCAUUGCUUUGUGACUAUUAAACACUUUUGAAAGAGUUUACAUUUUAUAAUAACAUUAUACAGAUUGUAUUUAAACCUCAGCAUAUUUAAAAAGACAGUUGUUACUCUGUAAAGUUGACAGAAUAUUAUUAAUUAAAACAAAGUUCUUACUGCUCA